AUGCCAAAGAAAGCAGCCAAAGAGACAGUCAAAGUGACGUCGAAAGUGGCAGCCAAGUCAAAGGAAGAGUCCCCUGCCCAAAAGACUCCCAACUGGCCGGCUCUACGUCCCUUACCACCAACAUCCGACCUCUGCUUAACCCCCAUCCUGCCUGCUCAGAUCUACAUCAUACGCAACCUCUUCUCCUCUGCCCUGUGCAAGACCUACGUCUCCUUCCUGGCCAGUCUGCCUCUGAUCACCACGCCCGGCCGACCCAAGAAGAACGAAGCACUGCGCGUCAACGACAGGUUCCAAGUCGAGGACGCGUCCUUUGCUGAGCUUCUGUGGUCUGGUACGGGACUGAAAGAGUUAAUCUGUAGCACUAGUAGUGCCGGGCAGAGUGAGGAUGAGAAAGUAGACUGGGACGGGGAGGUGUUGGGGCUGAAUCCGAAUAUUCGUGUAUAUCGGUAUACCAAGGGCCAGUUCUUUGGUCAGCAUUAUGAUGAGUCGGUGCAGGUAAUGCAUGGUACACCCCCAGUCAAGGGGCGGACGAGCUGGACCCUGCUGAUAUACCUGAGUACCUGCUCUGGCGGCGAGACGGCUUUCUACCCCGAGCCUGAGCCUGAGCUAGGCAGCAGGAAAGGUAAAGCGCAGCAGAGACAGCCUGAGCCGGUCGUGGUGGGAAUGGAGACCGGCAUGGCGCUGCUGCAUCGGCAUGGAGAUGAGUGUCUACUGCAUGAAGGGCGGGAGGUGAUGGAGGGAGAGAAGUGGGUUAUCCGAAGUGACCUGGUAGUUAAACGAUGA